AUGGCACACGUGGCAGCCGCUCAGCAAAUUGCCGCCACGCAGACCGCCGGCAUGGGAUUUGGCGGAAUGGGCGGUUUCGGCGGCAUGGGGGGGAUGGGGGGGAUGGGCGGAAUGAGUGGUAUGAGCGCGAUGCUGGAUCCCGCGAUGCUGGCGCAGCAGGUGGCGGCGGCGCAGCAGACCGCCGCGGCGAUCACCGCAGCCGCGCAGGAGCAGCAUCUCAUUCCGCCUGCGCCCGCUGCGCAAUACGACGCGGGGGGGUUUGAGUCGUACCAGCAGCAGCACACCCCGCAACCGCUGGCGCCCGCGCAACCUUCCGCGCCGAUGAACCCGGAGCUUGCGCAGCAGCUGCAGGAGGCGCAACAGAAGGCAGCGGCGGCGUUAGCCGCCGCAGCGCAGGGGAUCCUUCCGCCGAGCCUCACUGGGGGAGCGCCCGGGGGGGGCGCGGAAGGCGCGGGGCUGCUGUCGCAGCCGGCGGGGACGCCGGCGCCAUCGCUGGCGCAGCUGACGCGGCCGGCGCGGCGGCUGUACGUGGGGAACGUGGCGCCGCAAGUGACGGACAACGAGCUGCUGGAGUUCGUGAACGCGUCCAUGGCGUCGAUUGACGCCGCGGAGGACGGCCGCAAGCCCUGCAUCGCCGUCACGUCGAACAAGGAGAAGGGGUUCGCAUUCGCGGAGUUUGAGAAGCCCGAGGACGCUACAUCCGCGCUACAGCUGGACGGCAUCGUGCUGCACGGCGUGGGGCUCAAGAUCCGCCGCCCCAAGGACUACAACCCCAUGCACGCCCCUGGGUCAGACGCGAAUGCCAUAGCUCUCGGGGGAGGGGGCGUGCCCAGGCCGGUGGCAGCGGCAGCAAAGGAGGUGAUCACCAACGUUGUGCCGGACGGGCCGAAUAAGUUGUUCAUAGGCGGCAUUCCCCCAUCGCUAACAGAUGAAAAGAUUCGGGAGGUGCUGUCAGCUUUUGGGCAGCUGAGGGCGUUCCGCCGGGAGCUGGAUCUCAACGCCAAGCCCCCCUGCGCAUUCGCAUUCGCUGAGUACAUGGAUCCGAGUGUGACGAGUGCAGCACAGGCGGGGCUGAACGGGCUGCCUCUGGGCCACCAGGCCAUCCUUACCGUCGUCAGAGCCACCCCCGACGCGCCCGAGGAGCCCCCUGCUGACGCCACGCCCACCUACUCCAUUCCCGAGGAGGCCAAACCGCUCAUGCAGACCCCAACACGCAUUCUGGAGAUCUGUAACCUGAUGACAAAGAAGGAGCUCAAGGCGAUGAGCGAGGAGGAGUUUGAGGACCUAGAGGAGGACAUUCGCCUUGAGUGCAAGCGGUUUGGCACCGUGAAAUCGCUGCACAUUGUUCGACCGAAGGAUGUCACCAAUCCCGAUGAUAGCGGCAGUGACAGCGAUGAGGAGGAGGAGAAAGCAGAGGUGAAGGAAGAGGUGAAGGAGAAAUUGGAAGGGAUCAAAGAGGAGGAAGAGGAGGAGGGCAAGGAAGAGGGGAAAACGGAGGUCAAGGGCGAAGGGAAAGUGGAGGUGAAGGAGGAAGUGAAGGAGGUGAAGCAGGUAGAGGAGGAAGUGAAGGAAGAGAAGAAGGAAGGGGAGGAGAAAGAGGGAGAGCAGGGAGCAGCAGCAGGCGAUUCGGUUAAGGAAGUGAAAGAGGAAACCGGGGAACAGGAGAAGGAUGCUGAGAAGGCGGACGAUCAGGGUGGGGGUGAUGGGGAAAUGAAGGAGGGUAAGAAGGAGGAGGAGAGUAAGGAUGAGGAAAUGAAGGAGGCUGAUGCAGUGGUGGGUGAAGAGGCAGUGGAGGCUGCUGCGGAGAAGGUGGAAGGAGCAGCAGAGGGAGGUGCAGCAGCAGAAGGGGAGGAUGAUGAUGUGAAGGAGGUGGUUAAUGAUGAGCAGGGUGGAGAGGAGGGAGGAGCGAAGGAGGAGGGAGAGAAGGAGGGAGCAGAAAAGGAGGGAGGGGAUGAGGAGAUGAAAGAAGCAGAGGAGGAGGCUGAGGGCAAGGGUGAAGGGAAGGCAGAGGAGGGUGGGGAGGGCGCAGAUGCGGCAGGAGAGUCUGUGGUUGAGGAGGUUGAGGUGGCUCGAGCCGCGGAGGAGGGUGGGAAAGGCGCAGCAGGAGAGCCUGUGGUCGAAGUAGCUCGAGCAGAGGAGGAAGGUAGUGACUCGGAUAGUGAUGUGGUGGAGGUAGUGCCAGAGACACGAGGGGAGGUAGAGAAGGGAGAGGAGGAGAAGGGGGAGGAAGAAGUGGAGGAGGUGGAGGAGGUGGAAGGCGGUGUGCGUGCGUCUGAGAAGAGUGGUGAGGGGGAAGGACAGGCGUUGGAUGGGUUGGCAGAUAUUGCUGCUGCUGCCGCUGCUGAGACGGCAGGGGUCAAGGAGGAGGGAGGUGCUGAGGGAAAAGAAGCUGAGCGUGGGGGAGGGUUUGCCCUUGAUCUGAAUGUGACUGUAGAGGGGGAGGAGGACGGUGGGAAGGGUGGAGGUGGGGAGGGAGGGGCGAAGGAGGAGGCGGAAGGGGGGAAGGAAGAGGCGGAAGGGGCUAAGGAGGAGGUGUAUGAGACGGCCUCAGAGGAUGAAGGGGAGAAGGGAGAGGGAGGGGCGGAGGCUAAGGCGGAGGAGGGUGCAGAGGCAAAGGAGGGUGAAGGGAAGGAAGGGAGUGGGAAGGAGGGAGAGGGUGAGGGAAAGGAGGGAGCUACAGGAAAGGUGGAUGGCGAGGGAGAGACGGCAGGAAACACAGAGGCAGCGGAGGGCAAGCAGCAGGAGGUGGAAGUGGAGGAGGGAGUCACCUUCCCCGCGCCCUUCCGCCCCGCAAUCCUCGUCCCCCCAGGCACAGAUGUACCUCCCCCAGGUGUCGCCACCCCAGCUGCUACUCUUGCUGCGCCAGGUUCUAUCCGCUUCCCUGCCCCAUUUGCCCCUGGUGCUCCGCCCCCUGCCGCUGGCAAGGGGUUGCUGGGGCACCAGCCGGGCCAGGUGGGAAAACCAGGAGAAGCAGGUAAGCCAGGGCAACCGGGGGCUAUUGUGCUGGCUGGGUCUAAAGGGAUGGGGGAUUUGGUGGAUGCGGCGAGGAGGGGGGAGAGGGAGGUGGAGAAGUGGAGGGUUGGGCGGGCUUAUGUGGAGUUUUCAAGAGAGGAGAGUGUGAACCGGGCGGCGCAUAUGUUGCACGGAAGGGUGUAUGCUGGGAGGAAGGUGACAUGCUCGUUUGUGCCGCUGAGGGUGUAUCAGAAGAAGUUUAACAAGGGGUUGAAGCCGCGCACGCACGAGGAGAAACAGGAAGCUGCGUUGGCUGUGCAGGCGCAUCUGACGUCCCACUUACCUGACGACUUUUAG